GAAGAAGAAGAAGAGAACCCGAUCAUCAUCUCACACUUCCCUCUUCCCCGAAUCCUUUUAAAACUCUCCCCCGGGUUUCUACCCUCCCGAACCUCUCCCCUUCUACCCUCACAACCCCACCCUCCCCCCGACAACACAUCCCAAAACACGGAUCAGAUCCCAUCUUUGUGACCAGACUCCAGUUUUGACCCUUCUGCAGCAGCUACUCUCCCAUCCAGUGGUAGUUAUGGACUCCGGUGUGAUUGAAGGAGGACUCAAUGUCACCCUGACCAUUAGAUUGCUCAUGCACGGCAAGGAAGUUGGAAGCAUCAUUGGCAAGAAAGGUGAAUCUGUGAAGAAGAUGAGAGAAGAGAGCGGCGCUCGCAUCAACAUCUCAGAGGGCAACUGUCCUGAGAGGAUCAUCACUUUGGCAGGCCCCACGACCGCCAUCUUCAAAGCAUUCUCCAUGAUCAUCGAAAAGCUGGAAGAGGACAUCAGCAGCUCCAUGACGAACAGCACGGCCACCAGCAAGCCCCCGGUCACCCUGCGCAUCGUGGUGCCAGCCAGCCAGUGUGGGUCCCUCAUCGGCAAGGGAGGCUGCAAGAUCAAAGAAAUCAGAGAGUCAACAGGUGCUCAGGUACAGGUGGCAGGGGACAUGCUUCCUAACUCUACAGAACGGGCCAUCACCAUUGCAGGGACCCCCCAGUCCAUAAUCGAGUGUGUCAAGCAAAUCUGCGUGGUUAUGCUUGAGGUAAGUUCUCCCCCUAAGGGGGUCACCAUCCCAUACCGACCAAAACCUUCAGGAUCCCCUGUCAUCUUCGCCGGAGGACAGGCGUACGCCGUUCAAGGACAACAUGCGAUACCCCAGCCAGAUUCUUCCUCUAUCUCUCCACAGCUCACCAAGUUACACCAGCUGGCCAUGCAGCAGAGCCCCUUCCCAAUGGCCCCCAGCAACCAAGGAUUCCAAGGAGGGAUGGAUGCCUCUGCCCAAACUAGUUCCCAUGAGAUGACCAUUCCAAAUGAUUUGAUUGGCUGCAUCAUCGGUCGCCAGGGUGCUAAGAUCAAUGAGAUCCGCCAGAUGUCGGGUGCCCAGAUAAAGAUAGCCAACUCCGUGGAGGGCUCCGCGGACAGACAGGUCACCAUCACUGGUUCCCCCGCCUCCAUCAGCCUGGCAGAGUACCUCAUCAACGCCAGCGUAGAGUCCUCUAAAUUCUCCUCCUCGAACCCUGAACAGACCCACAGCACCAGCCUCCUCUGCCCUCCUCUCUCCACUACUACCACCUCCUCUCCUGCCGCUACCUCCUCUACUGCUUCCUCCUCCUCCUCUUCUUCCUCCUGUUUGGCGCCCCCCUCCGCCUCCAUCUCUCUGUCCUUGUUGGCUCCUCAAGGACCCUCUGACUCCCCAAUCUCCCCCAGCUCCCCUGCUGUCCCCUGUGUCUCCAGUCUGCUCAGUCUUAAGUCCCUCCCCCUCCUGGCCCUCCAUGUUGUUUCCACUGGCCCCACCUCCUCCAGUAACCCUGCCCACUCAGCCAAUCCCGAGCCAAAGCUUUCCUCGGAGCUGGGCUCCAAGUCUAAGAGGCGAAGGCUCUCUCCUUACUAAAGCUACGGCAAUAAUAGAAACUACAGUACAGACGUGAAGUGUGUCCCAAAUGGUACUAUUCCUUAUAUAGUGCCCCACUUUUGACCAGGGCCCUUGUCAAAAGUGGUGUACUUUAUAGGGAAUAAGGUGCCAUUUGGGAUGUAGCUUAGCAUUGUCUGUACUUGGUCCGCACUGCUCUGUACCUGGCUGUGCCCUAUGCCACAUGCUUCUUAACUAUACAAUUCAUCAACAAAAAAGAAAAGGUUACACGCCCAGAUAUGGCCUCUCUCUUCCAUGUUCUUUGGGUCCACUGCUUUGGUUUACGUCUAUCUAUCCCAUACCCCCCCCCCUCACCCUCUUGAAGGACACUUGAGUCCCUGCUCUUUCUAUCUAAGGACACUGCAUCAGCAUGGACACCCUUGUCUCAGACAGACUUCAACUUGACUAAUUGAAAAGCUUUUGGUUGGUUUUUCUCUCUUGCUGUAAGCUCAGGUAGCACCUUUCAUGCCAUCUUUAUAUUAAGAUCUCAUGCUAUAUUUCAUUUAUUUCAAUAUUAACUUUGUCCUGGAUAAUGUGUGUGGUAGCUAGUUGUAUUUGUUGUAAAGUGUUCAUUAUAAUGCUAAAAUCUUGUUUUGUUUAUGUAUCGAACUGCCACAUGGUGUGACGUUGGGCUUAAUCACUAUAAUAGUUUGCCCUCAGGUAUCAUAUCGCCCCGCUAUUCAUGGGUUGUUGGACCUGUACAAUUUCAGGAAAUGGAUGUCCUCGUAAUGCCUAGAUUAGGACUCUUGAAUCGAGCCAUAGCUGCUUCCUUUAGCCUUUCGCUGGCAAUCACCGCUGCACUACAAUUUUUUAGCACUGAUCAGAGGUCAGUGACCGUAAGGGGAUAUGGAAGGACAUGGAAUACACUCCUUGAAGAGGUUGAUGUCAAGGAAACAUCCUCUUAUCCAUUGAUAGUUAAUACACCUCGAGGCUUAUCUAUUGGGUAGACAUUUUCUGAACUGAAAAAAGGGUUGUGGAGGUUUGUAAAAGGUUAAAUUCUCCGAUUUUAUCGAUCUGAUUUGAAACGCACAGCAUGGCUUACUCUCUCCCCCUUCGAUCUCUCAAUGUGUCUCU